GGGUGGGGCUGCCGCGGUAACGGCCCGCGGCGGCGCGUGGCAGCGGUGGGGCCGGACUAAGGCUGCGCUCGUACGGCCGGGCCGCUCAUCAGUGCGGGGAGGCCUCCGCGCUCCCCACGGCUGCACGGCGCCGCGGCUUGACGGCUUGAGCGGGUGCGAGGCCGGGGAGGGUUUGAUGAGCUGGUUUGGCGGAUACAAGUUAUAUAUCUGCUUUUAAGCUGAACCAUGAGUCUUGUACUACAUGAUCUGCUUGUUUGCUGCCAUCAACUUGAAAAAGAUAAAGUUACAGAGCGAAGGAAAGAAAUUGAAAAGUUUAAACGACUUAUCCGUGAUUCUGAAACAAUUCAGCAGCUGGAUCGGAAUUCUGAUUCUAAACAAGGAAAACAACUUAACUGGGAUGCUGUGUUUAGAUUUCUGCAGACAUACAUCCAGAAAGAAAUGGAGAGCCUCAGGCUGGCAAAACCAAAUGUGUCUCUCUCAACACAAAGUUCCAGACAGAAAAAGAUGCAAGAGAUCGGAAGUUUAGUCAAAUACUUCAUCAGAUGUGCCAAUAAAAGAGCACCCCGAUUGAAAUGUCAAGAGCUUCUAAAUUAUAUCAUCAAAAUAGUGAGAGAUGCAUCAAGCUGCGCUGUUUAUGGAACUGACUGUAGUACCAUGCUACUAAAGGAUGUUCUUUCAGAGAGGAAAUAUUGGUGUGAAAUAUCACUACAACAGUGGUCAGAACUACUGCCCCUGUACUGCAGAUUGUAUCUCAAACCUUCCAAGGAGAUUAACAGAGUCUUGGUGGCUAGGAUAAUUCACACACUAACCAGAGGAUACUGCUUCCAAACUGAUGGACUAAAUAUCAAUAUGUUUUCCUUCUUUUCCAAAGCAAUGCAGUGUGCAAGGGAGGAGAAAAACUCUGCUGGUUUGGAUCACAUUCUUGCGGCAGUUAAUAUCUUCUGCAGUGUGUUUGCUGUGAACUGUCGUAUACAAGUUUGUAAGCUGGGUGAAGAAAUUCUUCCUAAGUUGCUUUAUGUAUGGACUCAGCAUAGACCCAAAGACUCCCUGAAGGAGCUAAUAAUUGAGUUACUUAAUCUGCAAGUUCGAAUUCAUCAUCCAAAGGGAGCAAAAAUCCAGGAAAAAGGUGCAUAUGUGUCAGCAAAAUGGCAGAGUAUCUUACACAACUUGUAUGAUCUGCUGAUGAAUGAGAUAAGUCUCAUUGGCAGUAGAGGAAAAUAUUCUUCAGGAUCACGUAACAUCGCUGUAAAGGAAAACUUAAUUGAAUUAAUGGCUGAUAUUUGUCAUCAGGUUUUUACUGAAGACACCAAAGUCCUGGAGAUAAGCCAGCCAUAUACCAUUACACAGAGAGAGGCUGGUGAUGGAACUGCACCAAGCAAACGCAGGAGGAUUGAACUGGGAUGGGAAGUAAUUCGAGGCAGUCUGCAGAGAUCACAGAAUGAUUUUGAUGUCAUACCUUGGUUACAGAUUGCAACUCGAUUGAUAUCGAAGUAUCCUAUGAGUCUUCCUACAAAUGAACUACCUCUCUUACUCACUAUACUGCACCAGCUACUGCCUCAGCAACGACGAGGGGAACGGACCCCCUAUGUGCUCAGGUGCCUUGCAGAGGUUGCUCUCUGUCAGAACCAGAAAAGUGAUUUGAAAAGCUCACUGAAUUUGGAGCUGCAGAGAAUCUGGACAAAAAUUUGGUCUCUUACAGUUCGCAGCAUAAGUUUUCAGCAAAUUGAAACAGAAAGCUUUGGGUUACUUAGAGCCAUAAUUCAAGGAAACCUGGUUGUAUUAGACAGAGAACUCUGGAAGAUGUUUUUGGGAUCUGCAUGCAAGCCUUCAAGUCCGGCUGCAUGUUGUUUGGCUUCAGUGAUGACUGCCUGUGUUGUACCAGAAACAUUGGAAGUAGGAAAAGUGCAGAAUAAUUGUGAAGGAAAUACAGGUUACCUAUUAAAAGAAGCAAUAAUGAAAUGGCUACUAUUCUGCCAUUUGGAGGAGGUGAUGGAUGACUGUAUGGAACCAUCUCCUGUACUGUGCAGUGAUUUCCCUCAUCUAGUGCUGCAGAAAAUUCUUGUGAGCCUUACUAUGAAGAACUGUAGAGCUGCAAUGACUUUUUUUCAAAAUGUUACGAAAUGUGUUCAACAUACACAAGGAGAAGUUGGGUUUUCAGAAGUUGAAGAGCUAUAUCUGCAAACAACUUUUGAUGACAUGUCCAUUUUUGCCAGUCAUACAGUGAAUGCUGCAGAUAAAAACUUGCCCAAUUUAAGAUUCACUGUCAACCAAGACCUUAGAGAAACACUGGAGCGCUAUCUUUUAGUGGUAUCAGAACAGCUUUCAAAUAUCUGUUCUUCUGAGCUUAGUACUGCAGAACACCUUGUCCGAGGUGCCAGUCUUUUGACUGGUGUUCUUGGCUGCUAUUGCCACAUUGGCACAAUAACUGAAGAGGAUGCCUGUAAGUCGGAUUUAUUUCAGAAAGCUAAAACCCUCAUGCAUUACGUUGGAGAAAGCAUUUUUCAGUCUAAAAGUAAACUAAAUGAAGAUUCAAGGAUUAUUUCAUUGAGGAAUUUGAUAACACACUGUUCCAACUGCUUAUGUAACUGUACCAAGAGCAGUCCAAGUAAGGUCUUAUCUGGCUUAUUCCAGUGUUUGUUAACAUCAAAGCUGAUGAAUGAUCUUGUAGAUAUUUGCAAACAUCUAAUGUCUUUUAAUGGAAAACCCAAUGAAACUGGAGAAGCAGAACUAAUGGAAGAUGAUCUUGAGGAGAGUACAAUGGAAGUAGAGAACCAAGUAACUGUAGACCUAUUCACUGAUCACCGUACAACUGCCAUGAGUGAGACUAAUGAGGCUGGCGAGGUACAAAACAUAACUGGUGCCAUGAGCCCAUUAGCUGAAGAACAUUUGACAAAACAAGAUUACCUACUUCUUGAAAUUCUGAGGUUCCUGUGUAUUUGUGUAACUACAUCCCAAAUUCAUACAGUUAGCUUUAGAGCUUCUGACAUACGGAGGAAGCUGUUAAUGCUCAUUGAAAAAAGUACGUUUGAUGCAAGUAAAUCACUGCAUCUACAUGUGUACUUGGUCCUUUUGAAGGAACUCCCAGUUGAAGAAAACAUGUUGCCAGAAGAAGACAUUGUUAUGCUUCUCAAGCCUCUUUCUGAUGUGUGCUCUAUGUAUCGACGAGAUCAAGAAGUGUGUAAAGCAGUUAUAAGUAAUUUACUCCCAAUAGCAGUGGGGUUGGGCCAAGCCAGUGUAAAUGCUGAAGAAACAGGAGAUGCCCAAGGACAGUUUUUAACAGUUGUUGGAGCAUUUUGGCACUUGACAAAAGAAGGGAGAUGUACAGCUCCAGUAAGGGUGGCUCUACUGAAAUGCAUGAAAGCCCUACUUGAGGCUGAUCCUUAUUCAAAGUGGGCUAUACUUCGUGUAAGAAAUGAAGAUCUUCUGGUAAGUGAAGCUUUCCCACAUUUCCUUGCAGAUAGCCACCAUCAAGUUCGCAUGCUUGCUGCAAAGUCAAUAACCAGUUUGUUCCAAGAUGUGAAGCAGAGAGAUUUGUCUGGAUUAUUGAAACCUCUUCCAUUGAAGCUUCAGCAGAAGGCUUUUGAGAAUGUAUACCUCAGAGUGCAAGAAGGAAUGAGAGAUCUGACACAGGCAAAUGCAAGCCCUGAUGAUCUGGACAAGGAAUGUAAUAGAAAAGCUGUUCUGUUGACGCUGAUAACUAUGGUUUUAUGCUGCAGUCCUGUGUGUGAAAAGCAGGCUUUGUUUGCUAUUUGCCAGUCUGUAAAAGAGAAUGGAUUAGAAGCUCAGCUCAUUAAAAAGGUUUUGGAAAGAGUGUCUGACAUUUUUGGCUAUAGAAGUAUAGAAGACUUCAUGAAUUCCCACUUAGACUAUCUGGUGCUGGAGUGGCUGAGAAUGAAAGAUAGUGGGUACACCCUAUCUGCUUUUCCUUAUGUUCUUCUGAACUACUCUAGCCUGGAGGAGUUCUACAAGUCUUGUUAUAAAGUUCUGGUUCCACACCUGGUCAUUAGAAGUCAAUUUGAAGAUGUGAAAUCCAUAGCGAACAGAAUUGAAAAAGACUGGAGGAACAUUCUUUCAGACUGCUUUCCAAAGAUACUUGUAAAUAUUCUGCCGUAUUUUGCCUAUCAGAGCAAUGGAGACAGUGAAAUAGUACUGCAAAGAGAGACAGCUUGUAAAGUUUAUGACAUGCUUACUGAUGAAGACUGCUUAGGCAAACAGCAAAUUGACAAUUUGUCUCACAGUAACUUUCCAGAGAUUGUGCUAGAGCUGUUGAUGACCUUACAUGAGCCCGCCAACACUGAGGCAGGAGAAGGAUCUCACUUAAGUAAAUUUACGGGGGACCUGGACCCUGCUCCUAAUCCUCCUCAUUUUCCAUCUUAUGUGAUCAAGGCAACCUUGGAUUAUAUUAGCAGUUGUCAUAAAGCCAAGUUAAAAAGUCUUGUAGCCGUCCUUUCUAAAAAUCCUGAUUCGUUCCAGAAAAUCCUACUAGCCAUAUGCAAACAGGCAACUGAUACAAACAAUAUUUACAAAAAACACAGAAUUCUUAUUAUUUAUCACUUGUUUGUUAAUUUGUUACUUAAAGAGAUAAAAGAUGGCUUAGGAGGAGCUUGGGCCUUUGUUCUUCGUGAUGUAAUUUAUACCCUGAUUCACCACAUCACCAACAGACCCAUUGCUGUCAGGGAUGUAUCCAUGCGCAGCUUUUCACUCUGUUGUGACCUUCUAAACCGUGUCUGCCAUGCAGCAGUCACAUAUUGUAAGGAUGCCCUAGAGAGUCAUCUUCAUGUUAUUGUAGGCACGCUAAUUCCCCUUGUUGGUGACCAACCCGAGAUUCAGGAACAGGUCCUAGAUUUGUUGAAGUACCUAGUGAUAGAUAACAAGGAUAAUGAAAACCUGUACCAAACAAUCAAGCAUCUAGAUCCUUUUCCUGAGCAUCCAGCUUUUAAAGAUUUGCGCACUACUCAACAAAAGAUCAAAUAUAGUAAAGGAUCAUAUUCACUUUUGGAGGAAAUUAACCAUUUUCUGUCAGUAAGUGUCUGUGACUCGCUGCCAUUGACAAGACUUGAAGGAUUACGUAACUUACGCAAACAGCUGGAACAACAUAAAGAUCAGAUGAGGGACCUUAUAAAAGACUUCCAAGAAAAUCCAGUGAAUUAUGUAAUUGUGAAGUUGGUAGUGAGCUUGCUACAAAUAUCCAAGAUGGCAAUUAACCACCCAGGUGAAAAGGCAGUUCUAGAGGCUGUUGGAAGUUGCUUGGGAGAAGUGGGUCCUAUUGACUUCUCAACCAUAGCUCUUCAGCAUAGUAAAAAUGUAUCAUAUUCUAAGGCAACUGAUUUAUUUGAAGAUAGAAAACUUCAGUUGGUAUUCAUAAUGCUGACUCAAAUAAAUAAUGCCUUGAUAGAUGUUUGUAUUAAUGUUCGCUCUGCUGCUGCUUCCUGUUUGAAAAACAUUUUAGCGACAAAGUCUGGUAACAAAUUUUGGGAGGCUUACAAAGACAAAGCUGAUCCCAUGUUAAUAUAUCUACAUCCUUUCAGAAUGUCCAGGAAGAAGUUUUUGGAAGUGCCAGACACUGAAAAAGAGACUCCUUCAGAAGCCAUAGAUGAUGCAAAUCUGUGGAUUCCUCAGGGUGUAAGUCAUGAGACUUGGAUAAAGAACCUGACUUGUUCAUUGCUGAAUGGUGGAGGAGUGAAAGACGAAGUUCUUCUGUUACUAAAGCCAAUGUGUGAGAUAGGAAGACAACCAAAAUAUUCUUUCUUGAUGGGCAUUCAGGUGAAAACAGACUUCUGUCAGACUUUGCUUCCGUAUUUGAUUCAUGAUAUCCUGCUUCAUGAUUCAAAUGAAUCUUGGCGCAACCUUCUAUCUGUACAUAUCCAGAGGUUUUUCACAACCUGUUGCAGAUGUGUGUUAUCCUCUAGUAGAUCAACGACACCUGCAAAUUCAGAUUCAGAACCAGAAUCCCUUGUUCGUAGAAGUUUGGAUAAAAUAUCUCGGCGAACAAUGCUUACUGUUGUUGACCACCUGAGAAGACAAAAAAGAUCUCUUUCAGGUACCAUUUUUGAUGACAGCUUCUGGUUGGAUCUAAAUUAUCUUGAGGUUGCCAUGGCAGCACAGUCUUGUUCUGCUCACUUCACAGCCUUACUCUAUGCAGAAAUCUAUGCAGACAAGAUAAACACAGACAAACAACAACAAAGAUCAGCUUUGAAAGCUUCCAAAAAUUUAAUGUUUGAAGAAGAAAGUCAAGAUCCAACUAUUGCCCGUUUGAGUGAGAAAAGUAGAGAAGAAACUGGAAUAAGUUUACAGGAUCUUCUCAUGGAAAUAUACAGAAGUAUAGGAGAGCCUGAUAGUCUCUAUGGCUGUGGGGGAGGAAGAAUAUUACAGCCUUUAGCCAGGAUAAGAACAUACGAGCAUGAGGCCGCAUGGGGAAAGGCCCUUUUAACAUAUGACCUUGAGGCAAGCCUCCCUUCGUCUGUGUGCCAAGCAGGAAUAAUAGAGGCCUUGCAGAAUUUUGGACUUUGUCAUACGCUUGCCACCUAUUUAAAAGGAUUGGAGCAUGAAAACACAGAGUGGUGUGCAGAACUAGAGGAGAUUCGCUACCAGGCAGCUUGGAGGAACAUGCAGUGGGGCCACAUCCCUUCAGUCAAAGAUGAGGCAAAAGGACCAAGUUACCAUGAAUUGUUGUAUGAUGCUCUGCAGUCUUUAAGAGAUAGAGAAUUCUCUACUUUCUAUGACAGUCUUAAGGAAGCCAGGGUGAAGGAAGUAGAGGAGCUGUGUAAAGGCAGUCUUGAGUCUGUAUAUUCAUUAUAUCCAACACUGUGUAGAUUGCAGGCAGUUGGAGAACUGGAAAACAUAGGACAGAUUUUCUCCAGAUCUGUUACUAACCAGCAACUUGCUGAGAUUUAUCUGAAGUGGCAGCGACACUCCCAGCUUCUUAAGGACAGUGACUUCUGUUUCCAGGAACCUGUCAUGGCUUUACGCACUGUAAUUCUAGAGGUCCUACUUGAGAAGGAAACAGAGAAUUGUAAAAGAGAUUGCAUCAAAGAUAUUCUCACCAAACAUUUAGUGGAGCUGUCCAAAUUGGCACGAACUGCAAAAAACACUCAGCUUCCUGAAAGAGCAAUGUUUCGGAUCAAACAGUGCAAUCCAGCUAGGUAUGGAGUCUCUGAGUGGCAACUGGAGGAAGCUCAGGUUUUCUGGGCCAAAAAAGAAGAAAGCCUUGCAUUGAGUGUUCUCAAGGACAUGAUCAAAAAAUUAGACACAGACUGGUUCCAGGUUGAGAAUGAUCCACGCCUAAGACUUAUGUAUACAGAGUGUGUGAGGUUAUGUGGUAACUGGUUGGCAGAAACAUGCUUAGAAAACCCUACUGUUAUCAUGCAGAAAUACUUAGAAAAGGCAGUGGAAGUUGCUGCAGGCCAGAGUGGAGACAGCAGUGAUGAGCUAAAGUGUGGAAAAAUGAAGGCGUUCCUCUCUUUGGCUCGUUUCUCUGAUACUCAGUACCAAAGAAUUGAAAACUACAUGAAAUCCUCAGAGUUCGAAAAUAAGCAAGCGUUGCUGAAGGCGGCCAAGGAGGAGGUUGGCCUCAUAAGGGAAUGUAAAGUUCAGACAAACAGAUACACAGUGAAGGUUCAGCGAGAGCUGGAACUCGAUGAAUGUGCAAUUAAUGCACUGAAAGAGGAUUGCAGACGCUUUUUGUGCAAAGCCAUAGAGAACUACAUCAGCUGCUUACUGAGUGGAGAAGAACAUGACAUGUGGAUCUUCCGCCUCUGCUCACUCUGGCUUGAGAACUCUGGAGUCCCUGAAGUCAAUGGGAUGAUGAAGAAAAAUGCAAAAAAGAUUCCUUCAUACAAGUUUCUUCCUCUGAUGUACCAACUGGCUGCUCGAAUGGGAACUAAGAAGAUGGGUGGUCUAGGAUUCCAUGAAGUUCUGAAUAAUCUAAUAUCUAGCAUUUCACUGGAUCACCCGCAUCACACUUUGUUCAUAAUAUUGGCUCUGGCAAAUGCCAAGAAGGAUGAACUUCUGACAAAACCAGAGACAAGAAGAAGCAGUGCAUUAGUAAAAAAUGCACCGAAAGAAAUCUCCCCGCUUGACAUGGAUCGUAUGGAGGCUGCUAACAACAUCAUUAAUAUCAUAAAAAGUAGGAAGGCUUCUAUGGUCAGAGGUGUUGAGGCACUUUGUGAUGCUUACAUCACAUUGGCAAAUUUAGAUGCUACUCCAUGGAAAUCUCAAAGAAAAGGCAUCAGUAUUCCAGCUGAGCAGCCUAUUACUAAACUAAAGAACUUGGAGGAUGUAGUUGUUCCCACCAUGGAAAUUAAGGUGGAUCCCACAGGGAAAUACGAAAAUUUGGUGACAAUAAGGUCAUUCAAGCCAGAAUUUCGCUUAGCAGGAGGCCUGAACCUGCCUAAAAUAAUUGAUUGCAUAGGCUCAGAUGGAAAAGAGAGAAGGCAGCUGGUCAAGGGCCGGGAUGAUCUGAGACAGGAUGCUGUUAUGCAGCAGGUUUUCCAGAUGUGUAAUAUGCUACUUCAGCAAAACACUGAAACCAGAAAGAGAAAGCUAACCAUCCGAAGAUACAAGGUUGUUCCCCUUUCUCAGAGAAGCGGAGUCCUUGAGUGGUGCUCAGGGACGACUCCCAUUGGCGAGUUCCUUGUGAAUCCUCAAGAAGGAGCUCACAGUAGAUACAGGCCAAAAGACUACAGUAGUUUUCAAGCUCACAAGGCUAUGAUGGAUGCCCAAAAAAAGCAUUUUGAGGAGAAGUAUAUCGUCUUUAUGGACAUCUGCAAGAAUUUUCAACCUGUGUUUCGCUACUUCUGCAUGGAAAAAUUCCUGGACCCAGCUGUUUGGUUUGAGAAGCGAUUGGCUUAUACUCGCAGUGUUGCUACAUCCUCUAUUGUUGGCUAUAUACUGGGACUUGGAGACAGACAUGUUCAGAAUAUCUUGAUUGAUGAGCAAACUGCAGAACUUGUACACAUAGAUCUGGGAGUUGCUUUUGAGCAAGGUAAAAUCCUUCCUACACCAGAAACAGUUCCUUUUAGAUUAACGAGAGACAUUGUGGAUGGAAUGGGCAUAACUGGCGUGGAGGGAGUCUUCAGAAGGUGCUGUGAGAAAACGAUGGCUGUGAUGAGAAAUUCGCAAGAAGCUUUGCUAACUAUUGUAGAGGUACUGCUGUAUGACCCCCUCUUUGACUGGACCAUGAAUCCUCUGAAAGCACUGUAUUUGCAACAGAGGCCAGAGGAUAAGGCUGACAUCAGCACCACUCUCAACGUUGAUCAUCAGCAGUGUAACAGAAAAGCCAAUGAUCAGAGUUUUAACAAAGUGGCAGAACGUGUCCUGAUGAGGCUUCAGGAGAAACUGAAAGGUGUAGAAGAAGGGAUAGUGCUCAGUGUGGGAGGACAGGUGAACCUUCUAAUACAACAGGCCAUGGACCCCAAAAACCUCAGCCGACUCUUUCCGGGGUGGAAACCUUGGGUAUGAUCUGGAAGUAUCCACUAAGUUGUAGAGCAAAUAAGCCUGUUUGAUUCUUGGGGAAAGAAUAUCGGUUAGCAUUUAAUAUGGAAAUUUCUGGAAUAUAAAUAUGAUCUCAGAAGUGAUUGUGUAGGUUUAUAAACAGUUUUGAAAUCAAUGUUUAAUUUCUUUAAUGAAUAUCCAAUUAUACUGUUAUUCUCCACAACUGUCAUCAGGAUAGUGUUCUGGUAUUCCUGUGCUGUACAAUGGAAAUUUUGUGACAUUCAAGAAAUGGUUAUUCCUCUCAAACUAGGAAUUAAGUGGCUUCUACAUGUAAAUCCUUUUAUAAAACCUUGAAUUCUUAUUAUUAGUGUUUGGCAUUUCCUAAAACUUGACUCAAACUCAGAUUACUGGUUAAGUAUCUCUACACUCUUGUACAUUUUAAAAUAAUAAUAAGACUGUAUUACCUCUACUGAGUGGAACCAUUGUAAACUAGAAAACAUGGAAUAACCAAGUGCAUUUAUAAAAGAAGCAGCACUGUAUCUUCAAGUCUGUUGUGUAGUGGUACUUGACAGAAUUCAAAACAGACCUAAAAAGAGCUUCAUAUGCAAGUUUAUUUUUCAGACUAAUAAUGCUGCAGCUACCAAUAAGAGAACAUCAUCACUGCACAAUGCCUUCUUGAUAAAUCAUCUUUGAGUCAAGUACAUUUAUAGUGCUGCUUUUUUGUUCCUUUUAGUUUAAAUUAUAUUGGCAUUUUCUUUGCAUAAACAAGGAUUUUCACAGCAUUAGCAACAAAGUUAGCUUUGUCUUCUUCAAAAAUGUACUAUGGGCUGAAACCUGACACAAAGUUCUGACCCCAAAAUAUGCAGCCUUUCAAUACUGGAGAGAAAUACAAAAUUUUAAAAUUAUAAUGUGAAUACAUAACUUGUUUACUUAAUGUGUACAGUUUUAUUUUAUAUAUUGAAUUGCAUGUCCCUUUGUUUUUUUUGAACAAUCAGAUAGUUAAUGAACAUGCACAAAGCAGGAAUCUCUUCAGACAGUUGUGUCUAUAUUAUACUUUUUAAAAUCCUGCCUGAAAUGUUUAAUGUUUAAAAAAAAUACAAAUAAAAUAUAUUAAAUUUGACACAAUCUCAAAAUCCUGAGGUUGGACUUCAGCAUUUCACUAACGUUAGUUUGUCUUGCUUUUAUCAUUUCAGUUUUUAAGUUUGUUACAUUUUUUUGUCAAUGCUUCCACAAAUUUUAUUCCGUAAUGCUGGUAGAAAUGGAAAAUGAAGGCGGAAUGAAACUAUCUUCCUAUAAGAAGAUGUUAAUUUGUAGACUGAAAAUGAAAUAGGUCAAACGGAGCAUGAAUGUUAAUGGUUUCAUAGGAAAGGAAAGGGUCAUAGCUUGCAGCCAUGGGUAAUAAGUAGAAAAACUCUGAACAGAAAAGUGCUGAUGAAGAUGUAAAACAGUUAAUGCCUAAAGUUAGGCUCCUCUAUACGUGUUCUGAUUUUCAAAUAUGAUUUCUAUUGGAGUUGGUAAGUGCUCAGCACUUCUGACUCAAGUAUUUUGUAGGGAGUGUUUAGGUACUAAUUUAAAAAGAAAAUCUUGGUCACUGGCUGUAUUACUUGAACUUUAUUAACAUUCUUAAAAAAGAAAUCACUGCAUGGGACUUCUAAAUCAAUGUAGGGUCUAGGUCCAAUGCGUAUAGAAGUAUUAGCCCAGCAAUUAUUAGUAUAUGUUAUCCCCAUUGCACCUGUUACAUAGAAUUAUUCUUUAAAGGGACAGUUUUAAUUGUUUGACCUAAAAUUUAGAUUUUGUAUUGAAAAACAAAAGAAAACAAAGAAAAAAACUAUUAAAAUUUAACCCAAAUAAAAAAAUGUUCAGCUUCAGAGAGAAUAUAUUUAAUUAUUCCACUCCAGUGUUGUGAACUCAGUAUUUUAUUGAAUGAAGAAAAGAAAAUGAAAGUAACAGUCUAUUUUACUGUCUCAGCUAAACAAAAUAGGAAUAAGAAAUAUAUAAGUAGUUUGAACUGAAUAUAGUUAGUAUGCAAGUAUGACUGUCAUAGUGACAGUUUUCCUUUUUAAGGAGGAAUACCUAAUUUUGGCAUGCUCAUACAUAAUACAUAGUGUUUUUCCAGAGAACUCAGCUGUUAAACUUAACGUUACAGUGAAGUUACCUGUCUCAAGCCAUAAUAAUACUCUUAUGACCAGGGAUCAUCAGGCAUUGAGCUUUCUCUUUGCAUGUUCUAGUACUUCUUCCUUUUUAAAGGUCAGAAUUAGAGACUGAUAUUGUAGUUAAUUUCUAGCAUAUGCAGGAUAAAAAAGUAUGACUUUUAAUAUAAAUGAGUUGGGAGAAAGUAUUUUGUUCUGAACAUUUCACUCAAAUUCAGGUCCAGUAACCUUGAAACUAAGGCUGUGAACAGAUUUGCAUUUGUAGCACUACAAGUGCCACAGCAUCUUGUUGCACUAUGAAGGGUGUUCCUAUUUUCAACCCCCACCAUCUCCCCUGCAGCUGGAGUACUGCAAAAUCUGUUGUCACUGACAAAGACUGGUGGCCACCAGUGCCUGCUGCUGGAGUGGCAACAGCAGCCCCUGUUGCUGCAGCAAACAAAGCGGCAGCCCCCAGUUCUGGCUGGACUGCAGCUCUGCUCUCUACCAGGAUGUUGUUAAGCCAAAUGCACUCCUCCUUCCCUCCCACCUUGGAAGAGUAAAGCACUGAGAUGCUUGGAGCAAAAGAUCCUCUGCAGCCCUACAUGCAAGUGUACAGAUGUUACUUGGGGGGCUGUGAGGUACAGCACCAAGGAGAAGUUCCCAUUUCAAGCAGGAGCAUGGCUGAGGCACUUGCACCAUUUUUGUAGCACCAUAGGCAGGGUGCGCAUCUGUAUGACUGCUUUUUGUAGUUCAACAAGUUUGUAUAUAAAACUACAAAUAUAACAUCUGUCUAUGACCUAAGAUCACUUGAUACCAGAGAGCCAUAUAAAAAUUGCCUAUAUUAGCACUCCAGAAAUAUGAGAAUACAUAUAAGUCUGUAUCUUUUACAUUAUAAUAUUUUCCUGGCAUGCACAUUGUUAUAUGAUUGUAAAAAAUGAAUUUAACAUGGACUGCUUCUAAGGAAUAUUUUAGGCCAGGGGGAGUCUAUGACAAUGUGAAGUGACAGGGCUGUUAAGAUUUUGAUUUGUAUUUUUUUACAAUCCAAUGCAACUUAGUUACGUAUGGGAAAUGUGUGUGUGUGUGCAGUUUCUGUUGGAUAAGUGUCUUGCCUCCAAAACUGGCCCCCUUGGGGAUAGAUCAUAGAUUUAAAUGAGUUGAGACUGAACCACUAUUAGAGAAGACUGCUGCAGAACAAGGAUUGAUCUCAGCAGGCAGAAAUGCGUGAGGAACUGAUAACUUUAACCACCAGUGUUGUCAGUCUGGAACAUUUCAUGAUCUCCCAAGACCAACAUAAACAUCAGGAUUAAUUUCCCAAUGAAAGUUAGUUAUGUGAUUUUGUUAUAUGAUCCUAUGAAACUUUGUGUAUCCAGAGUAUGUACAGUAUAUUUUAUUGAAACCCCACACUUAUUUGUUAUAAAUCACUUUUUAACAUCCCAGAAAGUUAUGCCUUUAGAAAAUACCGUUUGCAGGUGGUGAUGAAGUCUAUGCUAUGUUAUCUAUUCUGGGCUACUGAUAAUAUUCUAUGCAAAUAUAAAUGUGCUACACCUUCAAGAGCUAUAUUACAUAAUGUGCAAAAGUGUCAAUAAAGACAUCUUUCUUAAUAACGGGUGCUAGCAAUAGCUCACUGGAAUUUAAUCUGUGCCACUGUGGUAGAUGAAAGUAUGCAUACUGUUAUUAUUACUUUCACAAUUCAAAGCUGAAACAUAGUAUAAACCAGCAGUGUCAGAUUCACCUGGGGCCCCAGGUCAGAUCUGGAUGUUAGGGCUUCUUCUGGGCUGGAUUUAUUCUGGGGUGGCAGUGGCAGCAGCCACCACAGCAGCAGUGGGGCAGGAAGCCACAGGCCAGGCAGCUGCUUCCUGUGGUAGAGGUACAUAAGCAAACACAGGCAAGGCAGCCUCAAGGUGGCUAGAGUAGCCAAAGUCCAUGUCCACCGGGCUCCUUGAUUUCACAGCAGGGCACACCCACCACUGGCCACACAUACCACCAGCCACACCCCCGGUUUAGCACAAUCUGUAUUACGGUAUUAGCAAAAUCUGAGCAAUACAUCUCUAAAUGAAAACACAGAUCCCAAAUACAAAAAUAUUGUCAAAAUGAUGUUUUUAUAAGUUCUUUGCUUCUAGAACAGUAACCUUCAAUAUACUGUGUUUACCUAAAUCCAAAAGCUCCGCUUAUUAGGGGUGCACCGACAGAGAUUUUUGGGGCCAAUACUGAUAGCCAAUUUUUAAGGAGGCAUAUCAGCUGAUACCAAUCUGAUUUCCGAUACCAACCCAGCAACUUGAACAGCUGCUUGUAGCUGGUAAGUCUGGUGUGGUGGAAGGGGAGGGGGAAGGGAAAGGGGCUGGUGGCAGGAUAGAUCAAGGUCCCUGUGGUGAAGGAGGAGUGGGGCUGGGGCAAGCGCUGCCCAGCCAGGGUAGGGUGGAUACAGGACAGAACCACGGCUAGUCCAGUGGCUCCUGCUGCUGCUCCCACCACUCGCCCAGGAGGACAUAGGGGAUGUGUGCCCCCAGAUUUGCAUGGGGAGAGCUGGGGCCGGGGCUCCACCAAGUUCCUCCCAGCAGAGCAGGGCUGAACUCCAGUGGGCAAUGGCAGCACUGGGAGGGGGCUAUCCCAGCUAGUUGCGUGGGGGGGGGGGGGGGUGCUACUCUGUCCCUGCCCAUCCAUGCAUACCUCCAGUUAAAAACCCCUAUUCUAAAAGUACGAUUAAACUUAGAUGGUGAUCACUCACUGUCUUUUAUUUUUUAUCUGUGUUUAAGCGAUAAAACCCAGCACACUGGAACUACAGUACUUAAAAAAUUCUGUUGUGUGAGAGGUGGGGAAAUGAAUUAUAUUUUCCUCUGGGAUUCACACAACUUUGGGAAACCAGCUCAUCUGUACUAUUAUAAAACAUACCAUGGUAGUAUUGCUUUAUUUUUGCACUUUAUACUGUACUGUUGUUAAAAAUAAAGAAUAAAAAUAGUCUGAUUUUCUAUCAGUGAAAGAUU